AUGGAAACAUCGAAGAACGAUACAAACGAUAUUCACGACUUUUGGAAGGAUUUGGAUUUGAAGAAUUUAACGGAAGACGAAUAUUUGGCCACGGUACUUGGACCUAAGUAUCUGCCUCUGAAGAUGGUGAUACCAUUAACGAUAGCGUACGUGACAAUUUUUGUGACUGGUAUUUUUGGGAACGUCACGACGUGUAUCGUAAUUAUAAGAAAUCCUUCGAUGCAUACGGCCACCAACUACUACUUAUUCAGUCUGGCCAUAUCUGACCUUAUUCUACUUGUGUUGGGAUUACCUAAUGAGCUGAGCCUCUUUUGGCAACAAUAUCCAUGGGUUCUAGGAGUUAGUCUUUGCAAAAUCAGGGCAUACGUAUCGGAAGUAUCUUCCUACGUAUCGGUUCUUACGAUAGUAGCCUUUUCCAUGGAAAGAUAUUUGGCGAUUUGUCACCCGCUCCGCGUUUAUGCAAUAAGUGGCCUCAAAAGACCAAUACGUUUCAUUUUAGCCGCGUGGUCGAUUGCGUUGGUUUCUGCCAUACCGUUUGCAAUCUACACGAAAGUCAACUUAGUCGAAUAUCCACGAGAUUCCGGGAAUUACUCGGCUAAUUCCGCGGUUUGCGGAAUGUUGCUGCCAUAUAUGCCUAAUUUCCCUCUCUAUGAGUUGAGCAGUAUUAUAUUUUUCUUGAUACCAAUGCUAGUUAUUUUGGUGGUGUAUACCAGAAUGGGUUUAAAAAUCAGAAACAGUACAAAUCAUACUUUAAACUCUGUGAUGCAGGGCGCUAUUCAUGGAGACUCGAGGCAAACUCAGUCUCGAAAAUCCGUGAUCAGAAUGUUAACUGCGGUGGUUAUUUUAUUUUUCAUUUGUUGGGCACCGUUUCAUGCUCAACGAUUGCUUUAUAUCUACGCGCAAGAAUCUGACUACUAUCCAGACUUGAACGAGUGUCUGUAUAUCUUAAGCGGAUGCCUCUAUUACUUCAGCACAACCGUGAAUCCAAUUUUAUACAAUUUGAUGAGUAUGAGGUAUAGGAAAGCGUUCAAAGAAACCAUCUGCUGCAAAACGAGAAUGACAGGCAGGAGAAGUUGGACUACCAGAGAGUCUCAAAUAUGCAAUAGUAAUUCGAGCGGAAAAGCGCGAAGCUCAAGUUUCAAGUGUUCAGUGAGAUAUACUAUUAGUCAAGCGAAGGAGAUGUUUCGAUUUACUACAAGUCGAGAAGGCGUGAAUAGAGAUGGAAAUAUAAACGAUAAUAUCGCUCGUAAAUCACACGUGCUCACAAAGGAAGAUUUCACGUCGAAGCCCCUUCUCAAUCGAAUGCACUCCGGACAGCAGGAAGAAAGAAAUGAAAGAGAUCCUGCUCGUAACACAGAAGAGAAUAAGUCUGGGUCUACAACCAGUAGCGUUUUGUAAUUUAAGUUGUACAUUGUUAGCCGUUAAAAUUAUUGUACAUAAUAGUUUUAAGCUUGUUGUAUCGUUAUUGCUUAUCUUAUUUAUUUUCUGACUGUAUUGUAUAGUUGCGUUUUUAAAUUCAUUUUUACUCAAUUGUACUUAAGGAUUAUGUACUUAAAAGUUCUAGCGGUUAAUUGCGAAAAUCGUAAUAUACGUAAGUCAAAUAUAAAUAAGCACUGUUUACCGAGUGACAUUUAUUUUAUAAUAGCACGUACAAAAGAGUAAAAAUCAUGCGAGAAAGGCGAGUACAUACUUUUGUCAGUCUAGAAAACUCCGGCAAAGAACGGUAUCUUGUGACAAGGAAUGUCAGGACGCUAUUAAUUCUCUUUAUCAAAGGUUCGAAUCCUUUUAAUGAAACUAUUUUAAAUACGGUUGAUAUAAGAAACUGUUUAGAAUCUUUUAAAGCUUUCUAUUGGGUACUUUAUUACUUCAUUGGGUAUCCAAUUUUUUUAUUAGAUACAUUUUGCAUCUUGAAAAUCUUUUUCUUAACAACGAAGGAAAAUUCCUCUUAAAAUCUCGCACUAACAAUGCAGGACAAUUUACUUUAUCUUAUUUCAGUUUAUUUCCUUUUAUCUCAUUACUAUUUAUAAUUUAAUGCAAAUCAGAAUUCGCGCGCCAAAAAGAAAUGAAUAAAAUAAAUACAAUUAAAUAUGAUUUCUGGAGAUCGUAUUUAUACAUCCAACAAAUAUUUUGAUGCGUCACAAAAUUAUUCAACACGGAAUUAAAAAUAGAGAAGAAGUUGAAUGUGGAGAAUAAUUGAAUAAAUAAAAUAUAUGGAAAAUAUAUUAUGAAAUAAUGUAUUAGUAUAUCACAGUAUAUGAAUAUUUAAAAAUAAUAAGUUUCUGAUAAAACUUGUCCAAGAAUUGUUUCAUCAAGGAACGAGUUGUAAUUACUUCCUAAAGUUUCGAAUUGAUUGACACCAAGUUCGAACUUUUAAUGAACAUGGACGAAGGAAAUGUGAUAAGCUUACAUCUGUAACUGUGUAAAGUUUGUCGGUAGUCGAAAAUCAAAGUUUCGUAAUUGUAAGAUAUCUGCUCUUCGAGUUUACUUAUGAUCACAAAAAACUAACGUUCGUGUUUUAUUAAAUAAAAUUCCGUAUUUGCAGGAAAAUAGUUGUUGUAGUAACAAAACUUUUGGUCAUCUCGUUACGUAAUUGAAUUAACUUGAUUCGAGCUUGUUAUUGACUCUGGUAAUAAAAUUCUAUAUCCACGAGGUGAUUCGAAAAGUAAUAUAUCCAAUAAUAUUCUCGAUUAAAUUGAUCUAGAAAAUAAUUCUGUACCUGAUAGCCAAAUCAGUCCAAUUCUCAACAAAACAGGAAAAUAACAUAUUUUUCGUGUAAAAAACAUAUUAAUUUUU